GAUGCGGCUUGGUAUGAUAUAAUGAUCCCCUAACAGCGUCACCGCCAAUCCAAAUCUCCACACUCGCCUCCUCUCUUUUCCUUGUCUCUCAACCUGGGAUUAUAUCCCAAAAACAUAUAAUUCCUUGUAUAUAACCAGAAAAUCUUGUAACAUGAGCUCGUUCCGCAACCAUCGUGUCAUCAUCGCCUCCCUCUUCCUCCCCACCACUGCGGUGCUCGGCGAGUCCAACCCACCAACACCGGAUAUCCACGCCCACGAUGUUCCUUCGCUGGCGAAAUCAGGACUAUCGACGUCUGCAUUCCAAAUUGGCGACAAGCCAGCUGCUUUUCGCCAGCGUUCAGGAAGUGGACUUGGAAAUGUUCCGUUAAAGAGCAUUGUUGAGGAUCUGAAAGACAAGUCGAGGGCUAUAACGCCUAUCGCCUCGCCUGGGUCAGAAAGCGGGAAUCCAUUCUCGAGGUUUGCUAGCAUUGCCAGCCCCGGGAAUUUGACACCCCUCAACGGUGCAUCCACUCCUGCCAACGGACACAAUGGACACAAUGGAAUCACUAGCCCUCGUAAAUACCAGACGACACAUCCAGAAAUUCAAUUCGCAGCGCGUAUCCAGCGCAAACAAUCACGCUCAUCGUCUCGACGUCCGGAACGUUUUAAGUUUUAUAAGAAGGAGCAGCACUGUAGUCUCCCAGUUUGGAUCCCAGAUGACGAAUUUGAAAGCUGUUACGACGAAUUCUGCCAUCAGGUUCUCUGGCCCUGUUUACAUUAUGCAGUCCCUGAUGCUCCCAAAACCAAACUUUUCUACGAAUCAGCAUCCUUCAAGCAGUAUGUCUCGGUCAACCAACGCUUUGCUGAUGCCAUCAUUGCCAACUACCAAGAGGGUGAUAUCAUCUGGGUCAAUGACUACCACCUAAUGCUUCUUCCGUCUCUCCUUCGAGCAAGCCCUCUCCUAUCUAACGCACCAAUCGGCUUCUUCCUUCACGUUGCCUUCCCUUCAUCCGAAAUUUUCCGCUGCCUGUCUGUUCGAGAAUCCCUUCUUCGUGGACUCCUUGCUGCCGAUCUAGUAGGUUUCCAAACUGUCAAUUAUGCCCGCCAUUUCAGGCAGACUGUGUCCCGCAUCUUGGCACUCGAGGCGUUACCGAAAGGAAUACAGGUCGAGACUGGCGGAACUGGCCGAUUUGUAGACGUUGGUGUUAUCCCAAUGGGGAUUGACGUGAAUGCGUUAAGGGAGAAAAAGAGAGAACCUGAUGUUUCUUAUUGGGUCCAGCUACUUAGGCAACGUUAUGCAGGAAUGAAGAUCGUUGUAGGCAGAGAUAAAUUAGAUGAAGUCCAAGGUGUAAGACAUAAGAUUCAAGCGUUUGAGCAGUUUUUGGACAAACAUCCCGAGUUCCAGCAAAAGGUCGUUCUCAUUCAGGUUGCCCUUCAAACGACUGAAUCCAAUGAGCUUGCUGGUGGCGUUGCGGAUAUCGUCUCGCGUAUCAAUUCUCGUUUCUCCACUCUAACUUAUCAGCCAGUUGUAUUCCUUCAUACCCAAGAAGUCACAUUCAGUCAGUAUCUGGCGCUCCUGAGCGUGGCGGACGCGUUUUUGGUUACCAGUCUGCGUGAAGGAAUGGCUUUACGCACGCACGAAUUCGUGGAGUGCCAAGAAGGUAGACAUCGGCCACUGAUUCUCAGCGAAUUCACAGGAUCGUACAGUUACAGUGGUUUCAGGUCUUGUAUCGCCAUCAAUCCAUACGACUCUAGGGGAACUGCGAAAGCUAUCUACCAAGCCCUUACUAUGAGUGACGAGGAAGCACUAUCGCGCUGGAAGGAUUUGCAUAACCACGUCGUCACUCAAACCGCUCAAACCUUCGUGACUUCCUUCCUCACGCGUUGCCUACGUGCAAACACGGAGCAUAUCAUCCAAUCUGACCUCAGCGUCGUCCCACAACUCGAUACCGCGAGCCUCCUCCCUCGAUACAAGCACUCCGCAAAGCGUCUGUUGCUCUUAGAUUUUGAAGGUGCAAUUUGGCAGCGUGAUAUGACGCGUGCAGGGCUGCUUGCGCCGUUUGAGGCCCCAAAGGAGGCCUUGGCGUUAUUGAACAAAUUUGCAGAAGAUCCAAUGAAUGAGGUGUGGUUACUGAGUGGGCUUCCUGUGAAAGGUGUUAUGGACAAGGUCGCAGCCGAAGCGCCUAACGUAGGGAUCGUAGCUGAGAACGGCUGCUUCAUCAGAACACGCCCAAAUCGUAAAGAAAAAGCCUCUUGGAUUAACGUCGUUUCCAACUUCAACUUCACAUGGAAAGCGUCAUGUGUCGAGAUUUUGAAUUACUUCACCGAGCGUACACCGGGGGCUUUUGUUGAAGAACGGGAGGCAUCUGUUGUUUGGCGCUUCUGGACUGGUCCCGUCACAGACUGUGCUGAUCGCCAAUGGGCCCGCCGACAAGCUGCAGAAGCGCAGAACCAUAUUUUUGACAGCCUCGGCGAACGAUACGGCUUGCGCAUUAUACCAGGAGCCAACAGCUUCCUCGUCCUCCCCAACAACAUCUCUCGUUCCACCGCCGUUGGAGCGAUAUUACAUCCCGGUGGACCUGCGCAUUCCCCCCUGAGCGGCCGUUCAGUGUGGAUGUCUCAUGACCCUACUGAGGGUGACGGUGUGCAUGACGAGCUCGAUUUUGUCUUUGCAGUCGGGGGCGACGAGAAACUGCUGCGUAGGCUGAACGAUCUGGACAACGCGGAAACGUGCUCAACGAGCAGAAAGGGGACUGGCGCCAAAUGGAAACUAGAGCCCAAAGAUGCUAUCGAAGUGUUGUCGCGGUUCGCGAAUGUUCGUUGAAGCGGUUAUACUUCCUGAUUGUACUCUCGAAUGUGGUAGGGGCGGGGGGAAAGGAGGGAAAUGUUGUUGUGUGUAAAACGGGAUUAAUGUCGAGGGUAAUAUUAUGUUGGUUCUGCUGCUGAUUCUGGUUCCAAGUUAUCACUUGUUUAGAUUCCCAUCCUUUUGUUUAUUCAUAUUCAUACGGUCACAAAUCAUGUAGUCUUACAUCAAAACACGAAGCAAAUCGAUAUGCUGUUUUUGUUUUCAUCUGCUGUUGCUGACAAGCAGAUAUAUCUUACUGAGUGGGAUGUGGAUGGAUGAGAGGUCUGCCGGAGUAAACUUAACCAAAGCUAGUUGUGUCCGUGUUUAUAGCGCAUCAAAGUACUCCUGGCGGUCCAAGAAAGCGCGACUUCUUGUGAUUUCCACUCCAGACGAGUGUGCAAACGUGAGGGCACUUGGUUUUUGGGCUCGAACUGUGACCGUUUUAAUGGCAUCACUUGCACGGCAUGCUGCGAUAACAAUCUCCAUGACGAAUUUCUCAAGAGUGAGAUACGAAGAUGCCUCGAACUUGAGAUAUCUUUGAGAUGAUCGAAGGAUAGU